AUGGACCAUCUCAGGGUAUGUGAAAUACUAGGAGCAUUUGUCAGUCAGUUGAGGGAAGUAACCGACAGAAAAUCCUUUGAAGACACAAUGAGACCAAAGGAAGUAGAAUUAACGAUCACUGAAACCCUGUGGGACCAGGUGUUAAUGGCCUUUAAGGAUAUACAAAAUGAGCUGCAGGAAGAUGCUCGGAUUCGAGGGAUGAGCUCUGCGACACCCACAUCAUCUGCAUCCAAGACUGGCACCAAGACUUCAGAUGCUGCAAUGACCCCGAAGUUGGGAAGACUGCUGCCAGGCACUGGAGAGCAGCCAUCAGGGAUCCAGGCCCAAAACCUGAGAGGACAGUCCUCUGAUCAGCCAGCUUGCUACCCUGACCCUAAUCCAACAAUCAAUGAAGAAGACCACCUUCAGGGCACAGCUUUGGUUGCCUGA